AUGGGGGAUUUUAAUGCCAUCUCUAAUAUUACUGAAACUCAUGAAGGCUCAAUGAGGUGGUGCCCUGCAAUAACUGAUUUCAAGGAAUGUUUACAGCAUGCUAAGCUUGUGGACUUUAGAUUUAGUGGUAUUCUCUACUCUUGGUGCAAUAAGAGUUUUGGAAAUGCUUGCAUAGUCAAAAAGCUUGAUAGAGCUCUAGUGAACCAAGGGUGGACUUCAUCAUUUCCCCUAUCUGAGUGCAGCUUCCUCACACCUGGAAUAUCUGAUCACAACCCAAUCUUGACUACCUUCAUCAAAGGGACUGCUGUGUUUCAAGUUGUGCAAAAGCUGAAGUUGUUGAAGCCUGUUUUGAAAGGAAACUGCAAAAAAGAUUUUACUGACAUUGACUCACUACUUCAUGCUGUCAAGUUGGAGCUGGAUGCAUGUCAAUCGGAUUUGGAUUGCUCUCCUUCUAACACUUGUCUUAGACAAAUGGAAAGAUCUUUCUCCACUGAGCUUAUCAGGCUGACCAACAUUCAAGAAAGCAUGCUAAGGCAGAAAUCCAAAAUUAACUGCUUGAAACUUAGGGACUCUAAUACAGCUUAUUUUCACAAAUCCUUCUCCUCAAGGAACAACAAGAAAAAGAUUCUAUCUCUCACCACUGAUGCUGGCAUACUCAUUUAUGACAAAGAAUCCAUCAUUGAAGAAAUUGUGGCUCAUUUCAAAGGAUUACUUGAUACUGCAGCUCCUCCAACUCACAGUCUAUCUGAUUUAUGUGCUUUUAACUUCAAGCAGGUACCUUCCCACCUCCUAAGUUCCUUAAGUGAAAUACCAUCUCCAUUGGAAAUCCAGAACUGUCUGUUGCACCUCAAUAGGGACAAAGCCCUAGGUCCAGAUGGCUAUAAUGCUGCAUUCUUUCAAAAAGCUUGGGAUAUAGUGGGAAGGUCAGUAACCUUGGCCAUCACAGAAUUCUUCAACAAUGGGAAAAUGCUUUCAGAAGCCAAUAACACAUAUAUCUCAUUGGUUCCUAAAUGUCAAAACCCAUCAUUGAUCGACUGA